AUGGCCCGCCGUCCCGCCCGCUGCUACCGCUACUGCAAGAACAAGCCCUACCCCAAGUCCCGGUUCAACCGUGGUGUUCCCGACCCCAAGAUCCGUAUCUUCGAUCUGGGCCGUAAGAAGGCCAACGUUGACGACUUCCCCACCUGCGUCCACCUGGUCUCCAACGAGUAUGAGCAGCUGUCCUCCGAGGCUCUUGAGGCCGCCCGUAUCUGUGCCAACAAGUACCUCGUGAAGAUUGCCGGUAAGGAAGGUUUCCACAUGCGUGUCCGUGUCCACCCCUUCCACGUCAUCCGUAUCAACAAGAUGUUGUCUUGCGCUGGUGCCGAUCGUCUGCAGACCGGUAUGCGUGGUGCCUUCGGUAAGCCCCAGGGUACCGUUGCCCGUGUGAACAUCGGCCAGGUCAUCCUGUCCGUCCGCACCCGUGACGCUCACCGUGCCACCGCUAUCGAGGCUCUCCGUCGCUCCAUGUACAAGUUCCCCGGCCGCCAAAAGAUCAUUGUCUCCAAGAACUGGGGCUUCACCCCCGUCCGCCGCGAGGAGUACGUUCAGCUCCGCCAGGAGGGCAAGCUCAAGCAGGAUGGUGCCUACGUUCAGUUCCUGCGUGGUCACGGUCUGAUCGAGCAGAACAUGAAGCGUUUCCCCGACGCUUACGAGAACCUGUCCCAGGCUUAG